GCAAGACUUGUGUUUCUUCCGGCGCUGACUAGACGCUAGCUUAGCAUCAGGAGAAAGCUGACGGCGUGAAAGUGCGAGCCAGCGUCGAGCAGAGAGCCGCCACAGACGCACCACAACUCCCACUCCGACAUGGGGAAAGGCGGAGGUUCGUUCGAAAGACUCCUGGAUAAGGCCACGAGUCAGCUGCUGCUGGAGACCGACUGGGAAUCCAUUCUGCAAAUCUGUGAUCUCAUUCGACAAGGAGACACACAGGCUAAAUAUGCAAUCGCCGCAAUUAAAAAGAAGUUGAACGACAAGAACCCACAUGUGGCCCUCUAUGCACUCGAGGUCCUUGAGUCCGUGGUUAAGAACUGUGGACAGACGGUUCAUGAUGAGGUGGCCAGUAAAGUGACGAUGGAGGAAUUGAAGGAUCUGCUCAAGAAACAGACAGAACCAAAUGUCCGGAACAAGAUCCUCUACCUGAUCCAGGCCUGGGCCCAUGCCUUCCGCAAUGAACCCAAGUACAAAGUGGUACAAGACACCUAUCAGAUCAUGAAAGUGGAAGGUCAUGUGUUUCCUGAGUUCAAGGAGAGUGAUGCCAUGUUUGCAGCCGAGCGUGCCCCAGACUGGGUUGAUGCAGAGGAAUGCCACCGGUGCAGAGUUCAAUUUGGAGUUAUGACGAGAAAGCACCACUGUCGAGCCUGCGGGCAAAUUUUCUGCGGCAAGUGUUCGUCUAAGUGUUCCACCAUUCCCAAGUUUGGAAUAGAGAAGGAGGUCCGCGUCUGUGAGCCUUGCUUUGAGCUGCUAAACAACCACCCCACCCUCUCUCCUCCACUUAGGAAAGCUGAGGGCAAAGCUCCACCCACCAGCUCUGCCGAGCUGCCCCCUGAGUAUCUGACCAGCCCGCUGUCACAGCAGUCGCAAGCCCCCCAGAUGCCCCCAAAGAGAGAUGAGGCUGCGCUGCAAGAGGAGGAAGAGCUCCAGCUGGCCAUCGCCCUCUCCCAAAGCGAGGCGGAGGAGAAAGAGCGAAUGAAACAGAAGAACUUGUACACCGUGUAUCCCAAAGCUGACCCCACCCCCAUUACUUCUUCCGCACCCCCAGUCAGCACCUUCUACACAUCCCCUGUUAACUCCUCGGCUCCUUCAGCGGAAGAUGUUGACCCUGAGCUGGCACGUUACCUCAAUAGAACAUAUUGGGAGAAGAAGCAGGAAGAAGCUCGCAAAAGUCCCACCCCCUCAGCCCCUGCUCCUGUGCCAUUGGCUGAGCCCCUGUCAUCCAUCAGUCAGCCUGCAGAAACUUGUGUCCCUGUGCAGCCAGUCAGUAUAGUGGAGCAACAGUACCAGAACGGGGAAUCCGAGGAAAACCACGAGCAGUUCCUUAAGGCUCUGCAAAACGCAGUCACCACCUUCCUCAACCGCAUGAAGAGCAACCACAUGCGCGGGCGCAGCAUCACCAACGACAGCGCCGUCCUCUCCCUCUUUCAGUCCAUCAACAACAUGCACCCGCAGCUGCUGGACAUACUCAACCAGCUGGACGAGAAGCGACUGUAUUACGAAGGGCUGCAGGACAAGCUGGCUCAAGUGCGCGACGCCCGGGCCGCCCUCAAUGCCCUCCGGGAUGAGCACAGAGAGAAACUGCGUCGUGCCGCAGAGGAGGCAGAGAGGCAAAGGCAGAUCCAGCUGGCACAGAAACUGGAAAUCAUGAGACAGAAGAAGCAGGAAUACCUGGAGAUGCAAAGGCAGCUGGCUAUUCAGCGCUUGCAAGAGCAAGAAAAGGAACGGCAGAUGCGUCUGGAGCAGCAGAAGCACACCAUCCAGAUGAGAGCUCAGAUGCCUGCUUUCUCUCUGCCCUACGCGCAGAUGUCACUGCCACCGAACGUAGCAGGAGGGGUGGUGUACCAGCCUGGGGCUCCACCCAGCUACCCGGGCACCUUUAGUCCAGCUGGCUCGGUGGAGGGUUCACCUAUGCACAACAUCUAUAUGAACCAGCCCGGCCAGACUGCACCACCACAGUAUCAGGCCAUGCCCACUGCUGCCACAGAUCCCAACAUGGUUAAUGCAUACAUGUAUCCACCUGCUGGCGCCAAUGGACAACCCGCCCCUCCCCCUGGUCAAGCCCCGCCUACCACUAGUACACCGGCUUACUCCAACUACCAGCCCACUCCUACACAAGGCUACCAGAAUGUGGCAUCGCAGGCCCAGAGCAUGCCCCCCAUGUCCCAGGCCGGCCCCACUAACGGUAUGAGCUACAUGGGCUACCAGCCGUACAGCAUGCAGAAUAUGAUCGCGGCACUGCCGGGGCAGGACCCCAACAUGGCCCAACAACAGUCGUACAUGUCUGCUCAGCAGCCCAUGUAUCACCAGGUGGCUCCCUCUGGUGGACCUCAGCAGCCUGCACCACCACCGCCGCCACCACCACCACCGCAGCAGCAGCAGCAGCAGCAGCAGCAGCAGCAGCAGCAGCAACCCCUUCAGGUGGUGGCUGGCAGUGUGGAGGCGCAGCUCAUCUCUUUUGACUGAAAGCUGCUUGACUUGUGAUCAGGUUGUGACACACUACUCAACCCCCUCCUUUUCCCUCCUCGCUGCCAUGUUGUGUCGCAAUGUUCAAAAUGGUCAUUAUCUUACUGUGUCAACCCGGAGAGUGUAACACUGCAUCUUCCUCUCUCCGCCCACCUUUAUAUUUGUCCCUGAAAUUGAUUAGCUGAAGCUUACAACUAUUCAGUGCUCCUAAUAAUGUUUAAGAAACAAAAAGACAGAACAUUCUUUCUUUUUUUAAAGGCGAAACAGGCAUGUUGAUUUUUAAUGGCAGCCCUGUCUGAACACUUCAUUUGACUGGCUGGAAGAAUGUGUGCUGGGUGUGUGGAAGGUAAGGAAGCACAGUCCAAGGUGUGGGAGAAAUAGCACUAACUUACCAUCGCCAUCACAGUUGUAGCGUAAUAUAGUCUCAUCUUUUCUUUAUUUAUUGUGAAUUGGCUUUAUUAUCAUGGUUGGGCAAUUGAAGUCAAACAGCUUAUAUAGUACUUUUUCCAUCAUCAAAAUGACAUCCUUCAACCUGUAAUGAUGGGCUAAUGGCCACCAUUCCGUGCAUGUGGACACAUGGAAAAAGGCUUUGAUUAAAGGCUGCAUGUAUUUAUCAGUGAGCUUAUAUCUCUAACGCCUUCAGUUGUGAUUUACUUUACAUCCAUCAUAGUUCUCUGUUGUGACUUCAAAAGGUCAUUUUAAAUUUAUAUUUAAUAAAGAUCUGGUUCUUAAUGUCCA